CAAUAUAUAGCUUCGAUCCUAAGAAAACAAUGCACAGUUUAUUUACCAACUUGUGUAUUUAAUUAACGCCGGGGAUAUUGGGCCAUCCAACAAUGGUGUCAACUAGCAGAGAAUCGAGCCUCUGCGGAAGAUAAUAAUAGACGCCUCAAAAGGGGCUGCUGGCUUACCUCUGUUCGUGCGUCUGUAGUUGUGUUUGUUUUUUGCACAAAAAACCGGAAGAAAAAAAGCAAAAAAAACAAAAAGAAAAAAACCGGAAGACCAAAGGCCCCGCGAAACACGAACGCGGAUGCGGAUACCAGUUUAUCCAGAAUGCGUCUCCUGCAGUUAGUUUCGCUGUUGCUGUGUGUUGGCGUGGCCUUGGGAGCCAAUGUCCUGGCAGUCCUGCCCAGCGUCUGGCAGUCGCACUAUCUCUUUGGACGGAAACUGCUUCAGGAGCUGGUGGAGAGUCCCGGGAACCACUCGGUAACUCUCAUUAGUCCACAUGCUGCUCAGGAUGGCGUGGACUGGCAAAUCCCUCGGAUCCGGGAGCUGAGAAUCGAGGGGCUGAGAGAAAACUGGCUGGACAUGGGCAUGAGCUUCGAGGCGGAGGAAAUGUACGCACAGAGUGUGAUGGAACGGUUCACCCGGAUGAUCUACGCCGGCACCACCAACGUGGACAUCCUUCUGUCCGAUCCCCAAGUGAGGAAGCUGCUCACCAGCGGCGAGAGAUUCGAUUUGCUUAUUGUGGACUUGUUCCUAAGUGAUGCUUUGUUAGGGUUGGCCUUUUAUUAUGGAAUUCCCACCGUUGCCAUCAGUCCCACCGGCGCCAAUUCCUGGCUGAACAACAUGUUUGGAAAUCCCCAAUCUUCGUCCCUUGAUCCCAGCAACUUUUUACCCUUUACGGAGAAGAUGAAUACCAGGCAGAGGAUUGUCAACUCGCUAAUGGCUACCUUUGAACGUUUGACAUACAAUUUUUUCCACUUGAUUUCCCAGCAAUCGGUUUACACGAAUCACUUUGAGCUACUCGUUAAGGAGCUGCCGCUUUACAGAGAUCUUACCAAGAACUUGAGCCUGGCCCUCAUUAACUCCCAUCCAGGUCUGCACUACUCCCGAGCUUAUUUGCCAAACAUGGUGGAGGUGGGCGGGAUGCAUUUGAACAAACCAGAUAUUCUUUUGCCAAAACACCUCAAAUCAUUCGUGGAAAGUGCACCAAGCGGGGUGAUUUACUUUAGUUUGGGUGCCGAUGUCCAGACGGCUCAGUUGCCGUUGGAAAAGCUAUCUGUUAUCCUGGAUGUGUUUGGGCAUCUGAAGGAGUUUCACUUUCUAUUGAAAUGGGAAACAGAGCAGUUUGUACCGGAACUGCAGCUGCCGGAAAAUGUGAUGAUUGCAGAUUGGUUUCCCCAACAAGCGGUUUUAUUCCACCCGCAGGUGAAGGUGUUCAUCAGCAGCUGUGGGCAGCUGAGUGUUUGGGAAUCGAUAGUGGGCCGAAAGCCAAUACUUGCCAUACCCUUUUUGGCCGAACAGGAGGUGAUGGCCAAGCGCCUGCAACUCCACGGAGUCUCGUUGACUGUGAGCUACGAUGCCAUAACCUAUGAUGCCCUGCUCCACGGCAUCAGGCAGCUCACCCUGAAUAGCAGCUACGUGGAAAAGAUGAGACAACUAAGCGAGCGACUGAUAAGCCGCGAUUCCUCGCCAGCUGCCAAAGCUGUGCGAAAGAUUCAGCUCAUUUUGGACUCUGGAGGAGCUGAUUACCUUAAAUCCCAUGCCAACACGUUGAAUUAUUGGAGAGCCGAAGGCAUUGAUGUAUUCCUAAUUAUCGCCCUUGGCUUUUGCGGCAUUCUAAUAGUGCCAUUUUUAGCCAUUUGUUGCAUCCUAAGGAAAUCCUACCACAGCCAAGCAGCCCAGAUUCAGCCGCCGUAUAGGACCAACCUGAAGGUGGUGGGUAGGGUGCACAGUUAUGGUGAGCAGGGCAGCCGCAAAUCUUCUGCCUCAGUGGAGCCUCUCCGAAGAACCAGAUCGGCUCAGUCGCUGUCCAACAGGUCCAGCUCCUCUAGCAUGGGCUCCUCGUCACCCACAAGCCUAUCGACAGCGUCCACCACGCCCCUGGAUCUGACACCACCGCCGCCAGUUCAUCUGCUUGGUCAGGUAUCGCCAUUGCAGCUGUACGUAAACCAACAGGGGAUAUACUCAAGCGAAGGCAAGACAUCACCGGAGGACAACCCAGAACGAAGGUUCUCCUAAUUGAUACAUCUCUCUAGGACAACUAUUUUACAAAAUAACAUGGGAGAUGAAAGUAU